AUGGCCAUCUACGCCGACAUGGCGCCGUCCCUGGCGGGCAGUGUCAUCAUGUUAACGACACUUGCGUUAAUGACCUAUGGUCUGCGGGUGUACUGCCGAUUGACUCGGAAGUCAUGGGGCGUGGAGGACUGGAUCAUGACCGGAGCAUUGGUGCCAUUUGCCGUGCUGGUGGCUGGAUGUGUCGGAGGUGCGUUUAAUGGCAUUGGGAUUCAUAUCACUCGACUGGAAGAGCCCGCCAAUGUGAAAUAUCAGGCCGAGGGACAGAAGUUUUUCCUCAUCUUUGAAGUCGGAUACUGCGCUGCCAUUAUCCCUAUCAAGCUCAGCAUCAGCUGGAUGCUGAUUCGGGUGGCGGAGGGACGCAGACUAUACCUCUAUGCGCAAUAUGUGGUGAUUGCUAUCUUUGUGGUGAUGAACAUCAUCGCCUUGAUUUUCAUCCUCAUCAAUUGCAUCCCGGUUGAUGCUGCCUGGAAUGCAGAAGCCUUGGCCAAUGGCGGUCACUGUCAGCCGUCCUAUGUGUUGGCCGACGUCUACUACGCCUGUACGGCCGUCAACAUCGUCACCGACUGGGUGACUGCGAUCAUGCCGGUGCCGUUGCUCUGGAACGUGCAACUGAACCGCAACACCAAAAUCUCCAUCGUCGGCCUGAUGGGCCUCGGCAUCUUUGCCUCCAUGUCCGCCUGCGUUCGCCUCAAGUAUACUGUCAACCUGACCGACCAAUCGGACUAUCUCUACGGCGUCGCCAACGUGGUCAUCUGGGGCUUUGCCGAAAACGCCCUGGGAAUGAUCGUCGGCAACAUUGCCACCCUCCGUCCGCUCUUCCGCAUUCUACGCGAUCGCAAAACCUCCAACAACAAAUACUACAACCAGUCUCCGGGAUACUAUAGCUCGCAGCGCACCGGGCCGGGAAUGUUCUCGCGCACGUACGAAUUAGCCGAACACGGAAAGAACACCAACGAGAUCACGACCACGUCGAUACCAGAGCAUACGCGGCGACCGAGCCAAUUGAGCGACGGAGACAGUCAGAAGCAGAUCCUCGGGGGCAGCCCGGGACAGACUGAUAUCAUGGUUAGUCGGCAGGUGAUUGUGGCGUAUGACUGA